GACGCCGUGUUUGAUUCCACCUUCCUCUCACUCUACAGAUCUUUGCCAGGAUGCCAUCUCAGCUGGAGGGUGCCAUGGAUAGUCUGAUCAAUGUUUUCCACAAUUACUCGGGCAAAGAGGGGGACAAGUACAAACUCAACAAAGGUGAACUCAAAGACCUCCUCAACAGUGAGCUCGACCAUUUCCUUCAGUCACAGAAGGACCCAUCCCUCGUGGACAAAAUCAUGAGAGAUCUUGAUGCAAAUAAAGACAAUGAAGUGGAUUUCAAUGAAUUUGUUAUUUUGGUUGGGGCUCUAACUGUUGCAUGCAAUGACUUCUUUGAAGAGCAACUUAGAAAAAAAGGCAAAACCCACUAG